CAAAUUUGACGACAAAAAAAACUACAUAGGACUUCUCAUUAUAAAAAUAAAACUAUAUAGGGCUUCUCUGGAUCAAACUAAUUACAUCAGGUCGUUUGCAAUUGUUCAUGGUUUUAAAACUUUUAAUUAACACUCUGAUGUGCAAUAUAAUAUGUAUAAUUGCAUGAUAUAGAAAACUUCUUUUGCCGACAUAUAGUUGAUAUCUACCAACAAAAAAAAAAUUAAAUUAUAAUCCUAAGAUGACAUAGUUGAUAUCACAAUAAAAAAUCAUGAAAUAGUUAAUUUUUUUAUAUCUAUGUAUCUAGAUAGGAUAAAUAUAAGAUAAACUAAAAAAUAAUAAUUUGUAUAAAAAAUAAUAAAGUUUUAGUCACAUGCCGAUGAUUUCAAUUAAUUUGUAUUAUCAUAUAUUUUUUGAUAUCAAACGAGUAUUCUAUUAUUCAAAUUUAAAGUGUAUGGAAAACAAACUAGAAUAGAAUAAUCAACAUAAUAAAAUUCUCUAUGGAAUGAUUGAGCAGUUAUAACUAAAAAUUAGAAAUCGUAUUUUUCAACCGUGGAACAUAUAAAAUCUUGAAUGCUUAAAAUUAUUUUUGAAGGAUCAUUAUUUUUCAGCUCUGUUGAAAAAUUUAGCCAUGUAUGAAGUUUUUUAAUCAUUGUGAUCACGUUUUUGUGAUCUAUAUCCCAAAAUUCUAGAAAGUCGAAUAUUGCACCAUAUUCUCCAUCGUCAAAAUAAGUGAUUUUAAUUCUGAUUACAAAGUUGGUUUUCAGCGUCAAAAGUUCCUUGUCCUCGAUAGUUAGUUUCCUCCAGAGAUGUAUUUUCAUACCCAACCGUUUGAGUCCAUCAUGCAUCUACGAAACUAAUGUUCUCCAGACAUAGAUUGGGAAUCAGUGUUACUUGAUGGAUAUGAUGUUGCACGGACAAUUACAUUCGAUGAGAAUCAUGCUUGACAUUUUCUUCCGCGUGUCUGAUUAGAUCUUAAGAAUCACCGUUUAUCUUUCUAGAGAUAAUAGUUUAUUGUGUACUUGCCACUUGUAUUCACAUGCCAUUAUAUAUUGACAUUUGAGGAUCGUUAGGAUAACAUUUUUUAACAUGUGAUAUUAAAAUAUCUUAACAUUAACUUUCUUUUUUAAUUAUUUCAGAGUGCCAUAAUAUAUAUGGCUUCAACAAUCAAAUCAGAACACAAUCGAAACCAAACAUUCACCCCUAAACUUUAUAAUAUUCCUACUACUGCUUACACUAAAUUCAUGGAUGGUUCUUAUCUUAUCUUUAUUUUCUUAAUUAUUUAUUUUGUUUUGGCAAAUUUGAUGUGUUAAUCGCUAAGAAAACCAUUAUUGUUGACCAAUAAAACGAUACGAUAUACAUAUGCAUCUUUUAUAAGAAAGGUGUUCAUAAUUCAAGGUGCAUUAAUUAGUUUGGCAGAUAUCAUAUUGAGCUAAACCUGUGAAAUUUUUUAACGAGAAUAAAAAGAGAUAUAACCAGACACUAUUGAUAUAUACGACCCAUCCAUUGCCCAUAAACACAAGAAAACAUACAAAAUACUGGUUAAUACGAACGAGACGUUUUUUGGUUUUCUGAUUAGUUAGCAACGUUGUCAAACCCGACGGAGAUGAGCAAGUCCUUCGCUACCAAAGUUGGUUAUUUAUUCGCUCCUACCUAGGGGCGGAUCUAGGACUAACCAGGAAUGCAUAAUUUUUUUCACUAUAUUUUAUAAUUAGAUGGGGGUACUGUCAUUUGAUUAAUCUCAAUUGCUGAAGAAAAAAAAAAUGAAUGAGACAGGGGCACAUGAGCCGUACGUCUCUUACUACGUCCGCCCCUGCAGUUGUACCCCUGAUAUCGUAACAUACGGGUUAUUCUUUUGUUAACUAAACGAAUAUUAGUCGACGGUGGUAAGCCGUUUUUUAUAUAUAAAAGAAUGGUGAUUAGAAAAUUUUCUCGAAGAUGUUAACCACACCUUUUAUUGUUAUAAACUUCAUCUUGUAAAAAAAUUAUGCCAUGGGUUGAUCCGGGGCAUGAUUUUACUUAUUCCAUGAUGAUAAUUUUAUUAACAAAUAUUCCAUCCGUUUCAUUUUAAUUAUAGGUUUAUCGACAGAAAUUAAAAAUAUGCGUCUGACGGGUUGUCACUAAUAGCGUUAAUAUAUCAGCGAGAAACAUUUUACUCUGACUUCAGCCACUGUAUAAACCAAUCAGGUGGAAUUUUUUUUAUUAAUUUUAUAUGUUUUACUCCAGCUACUGUUAAAUCAAAGGUAAAAUGACUCACUUUUUCCCUCAUAGUUAUGUGAGAGAAAAACAAUUAACGCUAGAUGUAACUCUUAUUUUUAUUGUAUUUUAUUAGUUUACUCUGAAACUUUUCCACCUUUUUACUCUACUUUAUUUACUCUUAUUUACUCUAGUAUUUACCAAUCACAACCUAUAUUUAAUUUUAUAUAUUUUCAAAAUAAAAACAUCAUUACCUAUACAUUUAACUAUAUUAUACCAAUAGAAAAAUAAAUUAAAAAAUAUUGUUAAUCAAUUUUAUAUUAAAAUUCUAAAACGACAUUUAUUUAGAAACGAAAAUUUUACUCUAGAACAAUAAUUAAACUUCAACGAAAAAAGUACAUACAAAUACAUAUAUAAUCUAAUUAAAUGAUGGUGGUUUAGUGGUUGAAGGAUUAAACUUACUUACGUCUUAGAUAGGCAAAUCUUUCCAUUUAUAUUUCAUUUGUAAUCAUGUUAAGUAUGAUUUCAAUCAUUUUUGGUUAUGCGUAAAUGUUUUUAGGCUUCGAGAUAUUAGUGUAGACUUGGGAUAUAAGAAUUGUUGGCUUCAAUAUAUAUUUUAAAACUUAUUUAGAAAUUUAGAUAUGCAUUAAGUAUUGUUUUUAUAAUAAAAACUGAAUCUCAGCUCAAAUAUCCUUAAUCGUAGAUUUUAUAAAUAUAUAUACACAUACAUAUACAAUAAUUUUGAACAAAAAACAUAUAUAUAUAUUAAAAACUGCAGAAAGAUAAGAAAUUAUUAUCUGGUAAUGGUUGGUGUAGUACUCCUGCAGGAAUUGAAGGAUCUUUCAAAUGAUGGGAGCACGAAAUAGUCGAUGUAGUUUAUGUCAUCUUCACGCGGAAGUGAAAGUCUUCAUUUGGACAAUGAAGAGUAUGAAAAAUCAUAAAAGAAUUUUCUUAAUCGGUAAAAAUGGUUUUGAAACCAAAUGAGUGACCAGCGUUUGCAACAUGUCUAAAAGAAGUCCAACGACAGAAAGAAUGUUUCACAACAAUCCAGAUCAUUCAUGUUCCCAUGACACAAAACACAAAGGCAAACAGUUUUGCACGAAAUGCUUGCAGCCAAUCACACCCUAUUCAGUCUUUAUUGACACGGAAUCUCAUGUUUGGUUAGCAUAAUUUUUUAAAAUUUGUUUAUGCUGAUGACAAAAAAAAAUACUAAACACAAAAAAAUUUUAAAAGAAUAAAGAUGAUAAUUGCCAGAACCAUCCAAACAAAAAAAAGGAAUCAAAUGAAAUAACCACCGAUAAAUUCUCAAGUGUAAAUUUUGCUAAAGACUCGUGAGAGUUAAGGCAUCUCCAAACCUAUAUUUUUUUUUUUAACUCCAAACUUCAUUUUGGAGUAAAAUCUUUUCCAGCUCCACUCCAUAUUCAACUCCAAAAUAGAGUAAUGACUUAUGUUACUCUAUUUAUUGAGUAAUCUUACACAUUCCUCUAUUUUGGAGUUAAACUAAUUUAUUUAUGAAAUAGUCCUUUUAAUUUUGAAUGUUUUUAUUUUAUACUUAAAUAAUAUUUAAAAUGAUACAAUAAUAUGAAAAUAUGAUAUUACAAAAUAUAUUCCACAAAAUAAAUUUAAUAACUUUACAUAAAAGAUGACUAAACUAAUAAAAAUCAAAACUAAACAUAAAUAAUAGAAAAUAAAUAUAAUAGAAAAUAAGUGAUUUAAUAAUCCGGUAAAUUGCUUUUAGAACUACCAAGAUCGGUGAAGUAUUAUUCAAACAUAAUAGAUGAGUUUGUUUAUCUUGUGGGUCAACAUUUCGAUUUGAUAUUAUUUGUACUUGUUGAGCUUGAUAUAUGCACAAACAUUUGGAUCAUGUCUGAAAUUCAAAUUACAAAACAAAAUUUUGUUUCCUUCUUUAUGUUUUUUUUAAUGCAUAAUUUUGUUUUUGAAUUAGUAAAACUACCUAUGAUAAAAAAAUUGCACCAAUUGAAGUUGGAAGUCAAAGAUAAAAAAUCUCAUUGUUCAUUACGAAAUAUAUUAGUUGAUCAUUUGAGGGAAAAUAUUCUAAUGCUUAUUACUAAAACAAAAUAUGAUAUCUUAUAUAUUUUAUGAUUUCUUGUAUUUUUAAUAAUAAAUGUUUAAUUUAAAAUAAAUAUAUAUAUUUUAUGGAAGUUUGUAGACAUAAUAUAGUGGAGGUUAAUUGUUAAAAUUUUAUAGGUUGAAGUUAUUACUAAAUUAUUAACUAAAUAAAAAGGGAAUCAUUUGAAAAUAUUUCUUUGUGAAGUAAAAAAAAUGGAGUAAUACAUUGGAGUAAAUUUCAACUUUAUUUUAGAGUUACACUAUUUUGAAAUUAAAAAAUAGAGUAAUACAUCGAAAUCGAAGAUGUUCUUAGUAAAACAAAACACAAUUGGAAUUGUUAACUUGAGGAUGUUAUAAUUGAGGAUGUUAUAAAAGCAUUUUCAAUGUAAAAUUUUAUUUUUUCUUUUAAAAUAGAGUAAAAGAGAAAAUGAAGUAAAAUUGUUCUAAUCUAACUUCAAAUAUCAUUUCAUAAUGGAAAACUGAACAAACAAAAAAUAAAUUACUUUAUUUAUAGAGUAAAUUUAAUUAUAGAAUAAAAUAUGAAGUUGGAUUAAAACAUUUUUUACUCUAAAAUUAAUUUCACUCUAUUUUAAAAUAAAAAAUAGAAUAAGGUUAGAGAUGCCCAGAUAAAAUUUAAAGUUAGGAUAGAAUUAAACAACAUUAUUUAUGUAACUUUUGUCUUACACUAUUUAUGUUUUUGUGUGCGCUAAAUUAAACUUAUAUAUAUAGUUUAUUUUUCCAACUUGUAUAUAUUACAAAACAACAGUGAUUUUUUUUGGGGUCAAACUCAAAACAACAGUGAUAAAAGUCAUAAAACAGGGCAAGAGAAAGAAAAUCAACAACACUUAUCUGCAGGCCACCUUUGUCUUUUUUAAAUAAUUUUAAAUAUGAGAAAUUCAAAUAACUAAAAAUCACCCACUUUCAGUUUUUCUAUUAUAUUUAUUGUUUAUGAGUUCCUUUUGGUUUAUUAGUAUUUCUCCCAUUGGAUUCCAGCUAAAAACACAAAUUUCUAUAUAUGCCACAAAAUAUUACUUUCUCCAAGUUAAAAAUAUAAAUUUAUUGUGAGGUGUAUAAUAAUAACGCAAAUAAAUUUCCUUUUCACGAAAUUUUUUUAUUUUCGAGAUUACUUAAUUUAUUCAGUAUUAAAUUAUAAACGAUCAGGAAAAAGUUAGGAAGGAAUGAACUCAAAGCCUGAAACAAAAUCUAUUAAAAUACGUAAUGUUUUUUAAAUCUUGAUAUUUCCAAAUUCAUAAUCAAAUAUAGUCAUUUUUUUUCUUUCUAAACCACACAACAUAAAUAAAUCUAAUUUCCUCCACUUUCCUCUCAAGCACUUCCUAAUUUAAUUCUUAUAAUUUCCAGUCUUUAUUUUUUUAUAAAUAAAAAGAAAAUAUUUUAUGGAUGAAUUUCUUCAUCUUUGAAUUUUUAUCUUGUAUCCUUUAAAAAAAAAUAUUCUUGUUGUUUUGAAAAUAAAAUAAUAUUCUUGUUCUUACUUUUGUAUUUGCUUAUUUAAUUUGUUGAAUGGUUCAGGCUUUGGAUUUAGAAAAUUAAAUCUUCUUAUAUCCCCAAUUUAUUUAAAGUUUGUCAAUUACAAGAAAGAAAGAAAAAAAUUAUUCGUUCUUGAUAUGGAGACUACCAGAGAAGUUGUUAAGACAACCGGCGGCAUCGACGGUGGCCUUACGGUAGUGAGAUCCAACGCGCCGUCGGAGUUCCAUAUAGCUCCAAAGUCAGAAACUUCAAAUCCACGUCCAACCUCCGUCGCUCCUUCACUUCAACCGCCUCAAAACUCCUUUGCUUCGACCGGGCCGCCGCCGGCAACAGAAGGUUUUUCCACCAGACAGAUGAAGAAGAAACGUGGACGCCCUAGGAAGUACGGACACGACGGAGCGGCGGUGACGUUAUCGCCGAAUCCAAUAUCUUCAGCCGCACCAACGACUUCUCACGUCAUCGACUUCUCGGCAGCUGAGAAACGUGGCAGAGUGAAACCAGCAACUGAAAGGUCCUUCGUCAGGACAAAGUACCAAGUCGAGAACUUAGGUGAAUGGGCUCCUUCCUCUGCCGGCGCUAAUUUCACGCCGCAUAUAAUUACGGUCAACGCAGGCGAGGACGUAACGAAGAGGAUAAUAUCGUUUUCUCAACAAGGGUCUCUCGCUAUUUGCGUUCUCUGCGCUAACGGUGUCGUUUCAAGUGUUACACUUCGUCAGCCUGAUUCAUGUGGUGGUACAUUGACAUACGAGGGUCGAUAUGAGAUACUAUCACUGUCGGGAUCAUUCAUGCCAAUCGACUCGGACGGGACACGGAGCAGAACAGGAGGAAUGACAGUGUCAUUAGCUUGUCCUGAUGGACGUGUAGUAGGAGGUGGAGUCGCUGGCUCGCUGGUUGCAGCCACUCCUAUCCAGCUGGUCGUAGGAAGUUUCAUAGCUGGAACAAACCAGCAACAUCAGAAUCCAAAGAAUCAAAACCACAGCUUCACGCCGUCUCCAAUACCAACCAUUCGUCCCACGUCAUCUUCUCUCCAGAUGGACACCACCUCUAGAUUCUAAUCCACAACACAAGCCCUCUCAUGACUUUCACACCACCUUAACUUGACCUCUUCCUUGGUUUUGUAACUUAGGAUUGUUUUUUCAACUUUUUUUAUUCGGUUUCUUGAAUGUAGUAGUAAUAGAAGUUGAAUCAAUGAUUAGAACCUUCAACCCAA